GACCUGGGCUAGCUUAAUCCAUGUCGACCCUCCACAGCCUGUCAGAGUCAGGGAAAACACAUUAACUACGCGUGUCACUCGCGCCUAUAUACUUGAAUUUUAAACGGACAAUCACCAACAUGUCUUCUACUAAGAAAGGAGACUUGUCCACGAGCGAGAAGGAACUGUUUGAGGUUAUUUCUGCAGGAAAUGUUCAAGAGGCGUCAAGGCUGCUGGGCUGUAAAGAUGUUCGCGUCAACUGUCUGGACGAGUAUGGGAUGACACCUCUCAUGCAUGCCGCCUACAAAGGAAAAGCCGACAUGUGCAAGCUGCUGCUGCAACACGGGGCAGAUGUGAACUGCAACGAGCACGAGCACAGAUACACGGCGCUGAUGUUCGCCGGCCUGUCAGGAAAGACGGACAUCACAUGGAUGAUGUUGGACGCCGGAGCGGAAACGGAUGUGGUCAACUCAGUCGGAAGAACGGCCGCACAAAUGGCUGCCUUUGUCGGACAACACGACUGCGUCACCGUGAUAAACAACUUCUUCUCCCGUGCCAGACUCGACUACUAUACCAGACCUCAGGGUUUGGAGAAGGAGCCCAAGCUGCCACCCAAACUGGCCGGUCCACUCCACAAGGUCAUCAUGAGCACCAACCUGAACCCGGUCAAGAUGGUGAUGCUGGUGAAGGAGAACCCUCUGCUGGCAGAGGCAGACGCUCUGGACAAAUGUCGCCGCGUGAUGGAGCUCAUCUGUGAGAAGUGCAUCAAGCAGCAGGACAUGAACGAGGUGUUGGCCAUGAAGAUGCACUAUGUCAGCUGCGUGCUGGCCAAGUGUGCGUCUGUCCUCAAGGAGCGUGAGGGCAAACUGGACGGACUCGUCAAGAGUUUACUAAAGGGACGGGAAAACGAUGGCUUUCCCGUAUAUCAGGAGAAAUUUAUCAGAGAAUGCAUUCGCAAGUUUCCAUACUGCGACGCCACGCUGCUGCAGCAGCUGGUGCGGAGCAUCGCGCCAGUGGAGAUGGGCAACGACCCCACAGCUCUGUCGGUGCUGACUCAGGCCAUCACGGGUCAGGUUGGCUUCAUGGACGCAGAGUUCUGUACGUCCUGUGGAGAGAAAGGAGCCGAGAAGAAAUGCUCCAUGUGUAAAAUGGUGAUUUACUGUGGUCAGGCGUGUCAGAAGAUGCACUGGUUCACCCACAAGAAGGUUUGUAAGAAGCUUCAAGAGCACAGAGAGAAGCAGGAGGCAGAGAUGGCCAAACUGAGGAUGCAGCAGAAAAAAGAGGAGAGUAAAGCCAUGCAGGAUGCCACAGAAUCCACGCAAGAGGCCACAGACUCCAUGCAGGAGCUCACGGUGGACAACAACAGUGAUGUGGCUCCUUCAGAAACCUCAGAACCCCCCGACGUCCCUGCUGCUGACAACUAAGGACCACAUGAGCAGCCUCCUUCUCCACACUCCAUCCAUCUAUCCAUUCAUCCUUCACAGGCAGAGACAGUGAGCACCAGACAAGGACUGGUGGUCCAACAAGAACUAUUAUGGGGGCGGGACACUGAAGCAUCACAGGACACAGCGGCCGACCCUCAUCCAUGUUUCCACAUUAAACGGUCAGGUGUGAAUGUAAAAAAAAUGUUUGUGGUGGAUGUAAUGGUCGAGGAAUUAUGGCAGCAGGAAGUGACUGUGCAGCCAAUCAGAGCUGUUUGUUUGCGGUGUACUUGAUUUAUCAUCAGGAGGUUUGUGUGUGUUUUUGUAUUUGAUAAUCAGUUGUGGUAGAUUGUGAGUGGAUAGCAUGGCUGCAUAUUAUUGACCAAAAUGUAUAUUUUAAUAGUAUUUUGAAAUUUCAAGAUAAUAUUAAAGGGA